AUGGCCGAAGAAGAAAACAAGCCCACUUUGACUGCGCUAGGCGCAGACUAUGUAGACGCACAGGUUGCGUCCGCUGAGAACAUCCAAGGUUCAGCAGCUUCCGGCGGAGCAGCCACUCCAAGCGACUUCAGCGACUUCCAAUUUCCGAGUACACUCGUCAAGUACGGAGUGUCGGCGUUUGAUGAUGACGACGACGAAGACGACGAUGAUGAGGUUGAAGAUGGGCAAGAUCACGAUGGAGACUUGGCCAUCGACGAGAGCAAGUUCAACAAGUUCCCCGCAGAGGAUUAUAGUAUCGCUAUCGAUCAGUCUGUUUUUGAAGACUUUGACAGCUACAACCCCGAGCUGGUCGACGAGUACGAUAGUUCAGGGGACGAUCUGAACAACCGACCAAAUCCUAACCCAGCCCGGCCGCGCAGUACCAGUUCCGCGGGCAGGGCGUUGGAGCCCAUAGGUACAUAUGAACCUACGCGGUCGCGGAGUCUGGACUCCUCCCUCCCAGGGCCAUCUGAUGGCGCUCAGGCUCUAUAUCAAAAGGCGCAGCAGCGAGUCACAAAUCCGACGCCGCAGAUCCGUUCGCGAGCUAGCUCGCGCCUCGAUGGCUCAGGGCCGGUACCCGCUGUUCGCAUCAACACCAGAACUGGAGACCCGGGUCCAAACCGAAUGGGCAAAGACGUUCAACCGAAAUCAUGUGGAGUCAAACGUGCGACGAGUCUGUUCGGGAGAAGUAUAAAACCAUCCUAUGUCCCUCCAGUGUCAAGCCCGUUCAACCCGAACCCGUCAGUGCUCCCUCUGUCGUCUUUUGAACCCGGUGUGACAAGCACCGUCGACCCUACAAUGGAACCCGUCUCGCCGCUUCAGUACGGUCCGUCAACGUCGAAGGGUCCAAGGAAGGGAACUCACCAACGAAGUAGUGCUGUAUCCCAUCCAGCAGGAGAUGUCAUAUUCCCGGCGAUACCUUAUACUCUACCUGGCAGCUUCAAGAUGCCAGCGACGCCAGAAGAACUCGAAGAGCUGACGGGCAUGGAUCGGGAGACUGGUCUGGCCGCGGGUGCAGAGCUUGCCAUUGCUCGACAGAAGAAAGAAGACGCCGCCAGAUUUCUCAAAGUCCAGAGAUCAUUCCUCAAAUUCGAGACCGAAGCAGAGAACAUCAAACGCGCUGAUGCCGGACAACCACUCGUACCAGGCAGCGACCGAAUACCCGAAAUCCGCGAAGAGCGCGCACAGUUCACGCGAGCUCUAUUGCACGAGUACCAUGAACGAUACACCACAAUGAGACAACAAUGGCACGAGCGUCGUCUAGUAGAGAAACGACUCGAGCAAACCCGCGCCGAGCUUUUCCAAAUGACAUCAAAGCGAGACUCCCUCCAAGAAGCACUAACCAGCGUCGAAGAGGAACUCGACGAUACUUUUGAACUGCAACACUCGAAGCAGGCCGAGCAAAACACGAAAUUCCAACGUCUGCAGAACGAGUAUAGCAAACUGAAGGAGGAAGCCCUCGCGCUCCAGGGCCAAUACUAUAGCGCCAGUGAAGCAGUGCAGUCCUUGGAAAUAACACUUGCAGAGCAAUCAGCUGAAGUCGAUGCUUUGAAAUUGCGCUGUGCAGAGCUCGAGAGGAGCAAUGAGCUGCUUCGGCGAAGUAGACACUUGUCUCCUGCCCCAGAAGAGGGGUCUGAUGCUGCUACUGCUGCUGCUGCUGCUGCUGCUGCGAAGAAAAAGGGAGAAAUUUCCGCUCGUCAACAACAACAGCAAUUCUACAACUCGCCUUUCUGGCUCGCUGAAAGCUCUCGAAGGCAGAAAAUUUUGCUUGAGUUGGAAAUUCGACAGGCGGAGAUGCAGAGGGCGAGAGAGGAGGCUUGGGAGGUUUUGUUGUCGCGUACUUAG